UAUUAAAACACCCAUUAAGUGUUAUUUAAGAAAGAGAAAUUAUCCAGACCAGUUCUGCAAGCUUUACUGCCUUUGUCCUUUUUACAAUUUGGGGGAUUAUUUUCUGUGCAAUAGUUAGGCUGAGGCAAACAUGGAGUGUUUGUAUGGUUACAAUAAUCUGUUACUUUUUAUACCUGGAUGACAGUUGGCAAAAUGUCAGACUUUUCUUGCACUUUGCAUAAAAGACUCUUCUCUUGCCUUAACAUGCCUCCCUCUACUUUGUAGAGUAUGCGUUAUUUGGUACUGCACAGACGUGCCUGUGUGAGGUGGCCUCUAUGGCCUUAUUGCUCAGUUGUCAGAGAGCGAGGCUUCCCCAACACAAAAGAUCAAUCUCUCUGCUCUCCACUGUGGAUUAGUUGAGAACAACUCUCCAGAUUCUUGCCGGGCUGUUCCAGAAGAAACUUCCUGUGAGGAGUAUAAUUUUCUUCUUUAAAUGGAUGAAUGUGUCACCAUCAAGAAAAAGCACCUACAAAAGCCCAUAUUUAGAUUAAGAUGUCUCGUGAAGCAGCUGGAGAAAGGUGAGAUUAACGUGACAGAUUUAAAGAAGAAUAUUGAAUAUGCAGCCUCUGUGUUGGAAGCAGUUUACAUUGAUGAGACAAGACGGCUCUUGGACACUGAGGACGAACUCAGCGACAUCCAGUCAGAUUCCGUUCCAUCGGAGGUUAGGGACUGGCUGGCGUCCACCUUCACAAGGAAGAUGGGGGUGAUGAGAAGACGGCCAGCAGAAAAACCUAGAUUUCGGAGCAUUGUUCAUGCUGUUCAAGCUGGCAUUUUUGUCGAGAGGAUGUACCGAAGAACAUCAAACAUGAUUGGACUGACUUACCCAUCAGCAGUGAUAUCUGCUUUAAAGGAUGUUGAUAAAUGGUCAUUUAAUGUAUUCGCCCUUAAUGAUGUCAGUGGGGAACAUGCUCUGAAGUUCAUGGUGCAUGAGCUAUUCACUCGAUAUGACCUUAUCAAUCGCUUCAGGAUCCCUGUAUCUUCUCUAAUGUCUUUUGUCGAAGCCCUAGAGGUGGGUUACAGCAAGUACAAGAAUCCUUACCAUAAUUUAAUCCACGCAGCAGAUGUGGCCCAGACUGUGCAUUACCUAAUGCUCCACACUGGCAUUAUGCACUGGUUUACAGAACUGGAAAUUCUGGCCAUGCUCUUUGCAGCUGCUAUUCAUGACUAUGAGCAUACGGGAACCACAAAUAACUUCCACAUUCAAACCAGAUCAGGUGUAGCUAUUUUAUACAAUGAUCGUUCUGUUCUUGAAAACUAUCAUGUGAGUGCUGCCUACCGAUUAAUGCAAGAUGAAGAAAUGAAUAUUAUGUGCAAUUUAUCUAAAGAUGAUUGGCGGGAGCUGCGUUCAUUGGUGAUAGAGAUGGUUUUAUCGACCGACAUGUCUUGUCAUUUUCAACAAAUCAAGACCAUGAAAAAUACGUUGCAGCAGCCUGAAGGGACUGACAAAGCCAAAGUUAUGUCAUUAAUGCUGCAUGCAGCAGAUAUAAGUCACCCUGCAAAAACCUGGCAACAGCACUACCGUUGGACAAUGACAUUGAUGGAAGAAUUCUUUAGACAGGGUGAUAGUGAAGCAGACUUAGGGUUGCCGUUUUCCCCACUGUGUGAUCGAAAAUCAACAAUGGUGGCUCAGUCUCAGAUCGGUUUUAUUGAUUUUAUUGUGGAGCCAACCUUCUCUGUUCUGACAGAUAUAGCAGAAAAAAUAAUAACUCCUCUUAUAGAGGAAGCUUCUCAAUCCGAGACCUCCGACUUCCGACGACAAAGUUUCAGCAGCAUUGGAGUGGGAGCCACUACCGAUUCACCCAGAAGACACAGUGUAAGGAGUGUACCAUCAGAUGGAGGUUGUUCCAUAGAGUACUCCAUAUCCACUGUGGACCUAAAAUGCUUCAAGUUGAACUGGAUGGACAUCAUUCAGCAAAACAAAGAGAAAUGGAAAGAGCUGGCAAUUCAAGAUACAGAAGAAAAAACAAGGCAAGAUACAGAACAAAACAGGAGUGAUGACGACAGUGUUGAGGAGCCAAAUCUUGUAACAGCGGAUGAUAACAUUAAUAAAGGACAUGAUGAACAGUUCUUGGAAAAAAACACUUCUCCAUCUAAGGCACCUGUCAACCAGCAUUCAACAGGCCGACCAGCUGCCAGUAGUCCUACUCUGCAAAAGCAUCUUCUCACCGUCAGCUCUGAUUCCGCUCUUUGGGAAAAUGAUUCUAACCGAGCAGAGACUCUGAUUGAACACAGAGCACCAUGGAAUGGAGAGACGGAACACUUUAAAGACUCAGAAGAUUCAAUGAAUAAUAGCAAAGGCAUACUGGAGCAAAAAGCUGCUUUUAUACACAACUAGCUCAGAAAAGGUUCCAAGGAUACAGCCCUACAUGAAUACUGAGAAUGAUAGAUCGUGGCAUGGUGCUGGAAUGAUUAGAAGUUGAUUACUGCACCUUUACCAAGCAUCCCUCCAACACUGCUGGUGCAUUACUUCAAGCAACAUGAACAUGAUUGCAUGGCCCUGCUCUUCUUUAAAAUUAAGACCUGGAGAAAUGAUUUGUUUCGUCUUUCUCUGAACUAUUUAAUCUAACAAUUUCCUCUUCAAUAACCUUGCCAUUUGACUAGAGUUUUUUGUUUUUUUACAGGACUAGCCAUCAGGUUGCAGGUUUUUUGGGCCCACGCUGUACUCUGGAUAAAAGUGCUUUUGAUAAUGGUGCUUUCAUAUCCUAAAAAAUUCAGCUCAGCACAACGUAAAAUUUGAGUAGCGCGACUAAUCUUUCCACCAUUGUAUUUCCUUGACUAUAACAGUAAACAAUAUAGAAACAGCACUGUGACAGCAGACAAGAAAGUUUCUAGCCUCAGGAAACACAGUGAAUCUUUAGGCUUUAGUUUUUUUCUCAGCUGAAACUGUUAACACCCUCAGCUUUGGAAUGAAACAUUUAGUGGAAGCUCUGUGCAUCAGAGUUGCACUGGUAUAAAGACUCAUUUGUCUGGUUACUUAUUGAUGUCAGCACAACAUAAAAACAGCCACAGUAUUACAUUGAGACUGUUUUAUUUUUAUUUAUCUCCCUGCUUCUAGGCAAUUGGGCGCCACUAUUGUAAAAUGACAUCAAGAUAGACAGAAUCUAAAUUCGAAAAUCAAUAGUGGUGCAAAGAUCAUACCACAAAGUUAUGUUAGCAUUACUCAGAGCCACGUCACAUACAAGUGUAAUCUCACCUUGCAUGUUUCAUGCGUUUAUAAAUACACUACACCUUUGAUGUUAUAUCAAUGAAUCAUGGAGACCUUUAUGGUAAAGUUAUUAAUAAAAGAUAAAGGAAA